AUGGCUCCUCACAUGCCCUUAAACUCGCAGCCGUUUGUUCAGGAUCAGAUGGGAAACUUUGACGCGUAUCAAGGACAAUUUGGGUUCGAUACGUCCCAAGUUCCUCACUAUCAGGGCGUGGGCGUUCGCACCCUCACCAUGCUCACCAUCAACCGCAUCCGCAUCCGCAUCCCCAUGCAAAUCAGCAUCAUCAACAUCCUCAACCGCAUCCUCAACCGCAUCACCAGCAUCCGCAGCAUAAUCCUCAUUCUCACGCCCAUCACCAGGCGUGCUCCCCAACAACAACAGCACCAACAGCAGCAGCAGCAGCAGCAGCAGCAGCAGCACCAGCAACAACAACAGCAGCAGCAGCAGCAACAGCAGCAGCAACAUCAGCAGCAGCAGCAACAGCAGCAACAACAGCAACAGCAGAUACCACAGGAAAACAGGGGCAUUAAUGGUCAGCGGAGAGCAACACUAACUAGACCGACAUUGCAGAACCCUUCAGUACCAACUCAGAAGCAAGCUGCGAGAUCUUUGAGCUACCCAUACCCACAGUCUUCACCGCCCCGCGGUAGUCCAGGAACCACCAAGGUUGCAAACCCGAAUAAUGAGGUGGAUUUCCAGACAGACGUGGAUACUUUGAUGAAGGCUAUCCAGUCCAAGCAUUCUGUGACACUAAAAUCUGAACCAAACUCACCAUCCCCAGGGUAUCCCGCUCAGCAACUAAAAUCUUCACCAGUGACCCCGAUACAUCCCGGUGGAUUCGCUCAAAGAUCGCCUUUCAGUGGUUAUGUGCAAGCUGGAUAUUCGGGACACCAACUAGGCAGUAAUAUGCAGGGUUCGGGACUCGGUGUCAACAAACUGCUGGCAGAAACAGAGGAGGUCCAGAGGGCAGGGAAGGAAGAAAAGAAGGGGUCGCAGAAGGCGAAGAAGAGAUAUGAGUGCGAUGUGCCAGGAUGUAACAAGAGUUUUUUCCAAAAGACACAUCUCGAUAUUCACUCUCGUGCUCACACUGGAGACAAGCCAUUUGUUGGUCUUCCCGCUAUCUCCCUUCUCUCCGAUCUCUUGAAAUAUAGAAACCUUUCCAUUCAAUGCAGUGAGCCUGGUUGUGGCCAACGUUUCUCCCAGUUGGGUAAUCUCAAGACGCAUGAACGUAGACAUACUGGCGAAAAGCCGUACUCUUGCGACUUCUGCGGCAAGCGAUUCGCCCAAAGAGGCAAUGUUCGCGCUCACAAGAUUGUGCAUGACGGUGCCAAACCAUUUACUUGCCGGCUGGAUAACUGCGAGAAACAAUUUACCCAGCUAGGGAAUCUCAAGUCGCACCAAAACAAGUUUCACGCUGUAACCUUGCGCACGUUGACUGACAAGUUCGCGGGCGUUCGGGAACCCGAUGAAAUGUCGCCGGCCGACAGGGAACUCUUUGAGUACUUUGCAGAGCUAUACAAGAACUCCAACCGUGGCAUCAAGGGCCGUGGCAAGGACCGAAAAAUUACAGGAACCAAGAAGGCCCGCCCGAAUGAUGGAGAAGUUGGCGGAAACGACCAUCAAAAUGGACGUCAUCACCAGGGAGGUGCAGGUGGCGAUAUGCACAGUUUAGGAUCGCCAAACGGUUCCUGCGGCAGCAACUCGAACCCGGAUGGGGGAUUUGAUUUUGCAGGUGGACACAUGGAUGAAGAUGAGGAAAGCUCUGUGGAUUCUUCUUACGAACAGCAGCUGCCUCCCAUGAGGCCUGGAGGAAACGUCGGAAUGGUAGCUAUGGGCGGAUAUGCAGAGGACACAAUGGCGAUACACACCGAUAUGGCAAAGUACAGCCUGGAUCGCAAAUUCCAGCUGUAA